AUGAGCGAAACAAAAAAGAAAGGACAUGGCACUGAAGACAUAGAUGGGCACCUACACAUGUGGAGCGGUAUUAAUAAAGAAAACAGAGCUAAAGCUGGGGUUUCGGUACUUAUCAACAAGAAAUGGAAGAAAACCAUUACAUCAUGGGAACCCAUUAAUGAACAUAUAAUCACAGUACACCUGAAAAUGUACGGCAGAUCAAUAGUUUUAUUAGGAGUAUAUGGACCAACAAACGACAGCCCCGCUACAGAAAAAAUUACAUUCUUUGAAACUCUAAAGGAAGAAAUUGAAAAAGUGAAAACUAAAGAAGAAAUAAUAAUAGCUGGGGACUUUAACGGAAGGACGGGAAAUAAAGCACAUAACAAAACAGUAGGCCAUUUCGGGGAGGACACAAUUAAUGACAAUGGUGAAAGAUUAAUUGAAAUUUGCGAAUUAAACGACUUAAAAAUUACCAACGGCUUCUAUAAACGUAAAGACAUCCACAAAUACACCUGGAUACAAGAAACUAGGAAUCUAAGAUCCAUAAUAGAUUACAUAGUUGUUAGGAUAACUACAACAAUUAAAAUACAGGAUGUAAGAGUUAAAAGAAGCGCUGAAUGUGGAACCGAUCAUCGACUAGUAGUUGCGUACAUGCACUUUCCUUGGUAUGGAGUAGCAAAGAAAAACAAAGAAGAAAUAGCAAAACAAGAACAACAAAAAGACAACCAAAACAACCAGGAAAUAAAAGAGAAAAGAUUUAAAAUUCACCUCCUAGAGGAAGAAACAAUAAGAGAUUUGUACAGAAGUAGACUUGAUGAAAAACUAAUAGAGUUCAAUUUUAAUAAUUUAACAGACACUUACGAACACGUGAAGAAACAGAGAAACAAAAAAACUAAUUAG